AUGCGACCUCUUAUUUUCAGCAUUUUUGUUACAGCUGUCUUGGCAGUAGUACCUUGCCCGCAGCUUGGAACAGACCUCUGUAAUUGCCGACCAUGUUUCAGUGGUGGCUGUCGUGGCUCUUGUUGUCCUGCGUGCACUAGCAAGCAGAACCAGGUGAGGACUCCCAUUUCGAUUUGUAACAGACAGCUGGUUUUGCUAACCAUAAGGAAAGUGGAUAGCACAGGUGUGGCGUGCUUAGGUGUUAGUAUCGCUUCAGGUUGCGGAAACACGAUCCGAAAAUAUGAAUAUACCGAUCGGUGGCGUAUCGUCGCAAUCAAGGCGUUACACACUGGAACCCCGUCCGUAACUGGAAAUGUUGAGUGA